AAAUUAAAGAGCAGUAGAAACAAUGAUAGUCUUAUUUGUAAUGGUUGGUGUGUUUGUUGCUGGCAUUGACACAAUUUUGAAUCCAUGCGAGAGUGAUGAUUGGAAAUACUAUAAGAAUUAUUGCUAUUGGAGUUCAUCAUACCAUCCAAAUCCUUUACUACGAAAAACUAAUUGGUUUAAUGCUGCGCGCGAAUGUCGUAAAAAAAAUGCUGACUUGGUUUCAAUUCAUAAUCGUGAUGAAAAUGAUAUUGUUUAUAAAAUGAACAUGUGCGCAGAUUCGUGGAUUGGUUUAAUAAUGAUUGAUUAUAACUUAAAAACAAUAAAAACAGGAUGGGAAUGGUUAGACUCAACAGAACAAAACUAUCUGAAUUGGAAUUCGGGGUACCCACGUAGAGAAUAUUACGAAUGUAACUUUAUGUCUAUGAGUAAUAGCGACGGUGAAUGGGUAAACAAUCUCCAUUGUGGAAAUGUUCGCAACUUUUAUGUAUGCAAAACAAAGGCAAAAUUUAAUUUGAAUGUAACAAUCAUAAAACCAAAUCUUUGUGAUCGCGGGUGGAUUGCUGUUGGUAGUAAAUGCUACAUGGUAAACAUGACUAAAGUAGACUAUUUUGAAUCUAGGAUUCAAUGCCAAUUACAAAAGGGGAAACUUGUAACUUUGCGUAAUAGUAAAGAAGAGUCAGAUCUGACAAAAGCCUUUGAUGGAUGCGAUACACCAUGGAUUGGACUUGAAAAUGUUGAUCCAAGUAAAGUUGGAGAAAAUAUUGGGUGGAAAUGGAGCGAUGGCAGUCUUGUUGAUUAUCAGAAUUGGAAAGAUAAUGGAAUAACAAGAGAUCAAACCAAACAAUGCGGAAUCCUUCAAAGAGGUAAAAAAUGGGAUAAUGUGCCUUGUUGGGAGCUUCAUCCUUUUGUUUGCGAAAGAGUAAAAGACAAUCCUAGCCUUCCUAAUAAAAUACAUUAAAAUUUUUUUUCAUCGUUCGGUUCAAAAAAAUCAGUUUAAAAAUUAAAUAAUAUUUAACUAAAAAUUAAAAACUUCUUUUAUUUUAUUGUAUUUAUUAUAUUUUAUUCAUUAGUACCUCAAAUAAAUAACUUAUUAAAAUAAUAAUCUGUCAUUAUUUAAUAAAUUUAAUAUUCGGCUAUUUAUAAUUCUAUAGUUAUAAUUCUUUAUAAUUAUAGAAUUAUAAAAUGUAUUAUAAUUCUUU